AUGUCUGAAAUUGCCCUCGCAAACCUCGAGGGUAUAUAUCGAGGGUUACAAUCACAGCAAGACCUUCGAUACUUUCCCGAGAGCAACUGCAGGGAAGAAGAAGAAGAAGAAGGAAGCCAUACGCCGCCUAAUAGUAGCGGCACGGCAGCCGCGGUGUUUACCUCUGGGCCCUCGAGUUCGGGGAGUAGCGGUCUUAUCUCGUCGCCACCGCCGACAGGCCAGAGUGGUGAUCAUCCUAGUGGCGUGGCCAAUGAGGUUUACCACGACUCGCAGGCGACUGAGAGCGCCCCUGAAGAUGAUACGUCGGGUGUCGAAGAGGUAGAGGAAGACCCUGUUGUAUCUGCCCUUGGUGCCCACGGCAUUCAAAGUCCAGGGCGUGCCAGGAAUGCGGCGACUCACCAGCACCUGACGAGCGUGAUGCCCUGUGCUGCUGCCCUGGACCUGAUGCUGAGUCCUGUGGAUUAG